UUAUAGUCGAAGGCCAAGUCUAUGUAGGACGAGACCGCUGACCUCAUGACGAGUCAAGCUGCGAGAARGAUGGAUGUCUGCAGAGAUGGAGCAUUUUCGCUUCCAAUGUAUCGACAUUCUAUACAUACCGUUCAAACUGCUCCCUUAGGAGCUGCACGACCGAACGAUGUAUCGUCCAGAAUGUCCCGCCGAGAGAGGAGAAUUUUGUUUUGUACCACCACGUAAUAUGAACUUUCUAGGCGCUGAUAUAAGGCCAGUAGUAGGGUUUUCAUCCGUUGAAAACCAGGUAUUCAACCAGCUUGGCUUUCUACCGGCAGGGCUGGGAUUGAUAGGGAAGAAAACAAGAGAUAAAGGAGAGGAUUACAGACACCGUUCUACACCUUAGGCUAAGGCGCAGGUAUUUCUCGCAGCGACCAUCUUGUCAGGACAGUACCCCAUCAUCUUUACAAGGUCGACCACCGGCGCAUUGAAUUCGUGGUAUGUAGCAGAGACUUGACUUAAUGUCAUCUGAGGGCAUACCCGUUACAGGAAUUCGACUCGUGAGAGCUCUGAUGAUCAGUAAUACAAUCUGUUAAGACUAAAAGGAUAAAGAGAUACGAGUCGAUUUGGAAAGUUCGUCACAGGAAACAGGCGAUAACAAAGAUAGUUCACUUUGGGUCGUUCACUCGAGUUGUCUCCAACGUUUUCUCCGACAUGAAGACUUUUAGAAACUGGUUCGCAAGCAGAUGGAGUUUGAUGCUAUUAUUUUUACUCGCGAUAACAGACAUUGCACAGCCUUGCAUAUUGCUCUUAAAUGGCUGGAAACAAAUGAGCGUUGGGGAAAGAGCUUAUAAAGUUCAAGUUGUGUUCGUCGGCAAAGUAGCAGGUCUGUACGCCGUCGACCCACAAUCGCAGUUUUAUGCUGCUGACUUUGAAGUAAUCAGAAUUUUAAAAGGCGAGCAGAUUGUAGAUGAAGUGCUUAAGACUCACCCUGGGCCUACGGUGAAGGUAUACGGCUUCGGCGAGAAGAGUAGAUGUUAUUCAGAAGUAUAUAAAGGAGAAAUACACAUCUUAUUCAUGCUCUUUGAGCCCAAAUCUCGAUCGUURGUGGCGCGAUACGAAACUGCCUUCGCUGCAACUUCCCCUGCAACCGUGGAAAACGAGAACGAAAUUCUACUCACUUUAGGAUGGAAACCUUGGUCUUCAUGGUCGACGUGUACAAAGAGUUGUGACGAUGGGCUACAAUGGAGAACGCGUGAAUGUGUCCAGGACAAAUGCGAAGGCGCUACAAAAGAGGGAAGAAGAUGUAACUUCUUUAAUUGCUAUGGNAUCAAGAAUGUUGGCCAAUACUUCAGUCCCCAACCAAACAGAGUCAUGCCAAUCAGAACACGAACAAGAAUAGCUAGACACGUGACCUUACAUGGUGCAACAGCUCUCUCACUGCCGACCUCUAAAAUAUUUCAGAACUUCUUCCCCGACGAGUAUUCAAUCUCCGUAACGUUCCGCCCUGUGCAAUACACCGACAUUUACCUGCUAGCRUUAUACGAYUUCGCGAAUAARCUCCAAUUUGGCCUUCGUUUAGCGUCWGGAUUUUUGACCUUCGAGUUGGCCAAGAGCACRGAUUCUGCGCACCGGCAAUGGUCGUUGGAUUUUGACGUGGAAAUUUCAUUAAAUAGAUGGCACAGUGCUACCUUUAGUCUUCAGGCGAAACAGCUUACAAUGUAUUGGGAUUGUCAGAAGGUUGGAGUUAAGUCUCUCCCGGGACGAUUUUCCUUUGCUCCGGAUCAUUCAGGGACAAUUCAUCUGGGGAAACCUUUCCAUGAUUACGAUCGUGGACAGAAAAACAUUGAGAUAGACGAGCUGUACUUCAUUCCUGAUGUCCAAGCGGCAAAGCAGCAGUGUUACAAUCCAUCAUUCUCUUCGAAAAUGAAUCGUCGAAAUAUUGCUGGUAGUGGCUACUAUCCGGGUGAACAUGAAAUAGGAGGAUCAGGGAUGUCAAACGACAUUGAUGAAGUGGAGACGGAGUGGUCUUCCUGGUCACCGUGUUCUCGUACCUGUGGUAAUGGUGUACGUCGACGAGUAAUGAUGUGCGUCAAUCUGGACGAUAGUCCACCUCGAAAAGAAUGUUUACAGGCUCUACAAACAGAUGAAGAGAAACCUUGUAGUUUACAGGACUGUCCAGGUCAUUGUUCACAGCCUUGUUUGAAUGGUGGCUUCUGCACCACCCAAAACAAAUGUCGAUGCAAGGCUGGUUACCAUGGAGCUACAUGUGACAAAGUCAACUGCAAUGUGAAGUGUUAUAACGGAGGAAGAUGUGUUGGACCAGACACUUGUAAAUGUAAAACAGGAUACACAGGAAAACAAUGCCAACAACCAAUUUGUUCUUCGUCGUGUCAAAACGGUGGUUCCUGUGUUCGUCCCAAUGUUUGCAAAUGUCAACCAGGUUACCUACCACCUAACUGUAGAGCUGCUUGUCUUCCUGCUUGCAUCAAUGGAGGCAAAUGCGUUGGGCUAAACACAUGUUUGUGCUCUCGAGGAUUCAAAGGCAAACACUGUGAGAAACCUUACUGCAGCCGUCCUUGUCUUAAUGGUGGUAACUGCUAUGCCCCAAAUGCCUGCUCCUGCCCUUAUGGAUGGUAUGGUUCAAGAUGCGAAAAGGCUCGUUGUCUUCGAAAAUGUCAAAAUGGUGGCAAGUGUGUUCGGCCUAACAUGUGCAUAUGUCCACGAGGAGCGAAGGGUUACUACUGUCAGAGCAAAGUAAAAUACUAGAUCAUAUAGAAUAAAUGAUCAAAACAAUAUUGCCAGUGGAGGACAGAUCUACGACAACACUCUCAUUGUUCUAAUGAAAAGCAGAGGCAAGAGAAUAUGGAAAGGUUUUCAUUGGAAAACUGGUCUUGAAAUUCAAAAAUUUAUUCGUAAAUAAUGUGUUAUAUUAUUGAAGUAUUUGAGUAUAUGACACUUCACAGGUUUCAAUACAAUCAGGACCAUUUAUUUUUAAUGGGGAUGGGAGGUGGGGGAGAUUGAAUUAAAUGCAUUCAAGAAAACUGAAC